UAUUUUAUUAAAGUGUUCAGAACCGUGUUUCUUUGUACUACGUGCUUGUUUCUUAUUAUCCCAUUCAGCAUCACGUACUCGAAUUUUGGUUUUUACAUGGAUACCCCCCCCAACUUUCCACACCAAUCAACGAGAUCAAUCAUAUUCAGACAAACCUAGAUCAUGCAGCAUGCAAGAUUUUCAAAAAAGUCAAGCCAAGCAGAUCACUGCCUCCUUUUACAUAGAUAAUGAAAUCAGAAGUACCGAGCAAGAAACUGAAGGUGAAUUCCUUGGUUUCGGACGGAAGUAUCUGUUCAAGCCCGUCAGGUCAUCACUGGAGGUGGGUGGAUUAUCUGUGUCCUCAUCAGCCGCCAUGUCUUUGUUGCAACGGAAAAAUGGGGACUGAGUCCUUGCAACUCGUCGUCAGCGGCUCGUGCCUUGCUGGAGAUGGACAGGAUGGUGUUGUCGUCCUCCGGCAGACGAGUGGGCCCAAUAAUUUGCAAUGGAUUUGGAAACUAGGAAUUUCACCUUGUGCGGUAUUUCAAGGUACUCACAGAUGCAAAGUGGCGGUCCCGACGACUACGACGCCGUUUUCAUAUAAGUGUUACAUAAUGCCCACGAAAUAUUGGUAUGGCACGUCGGAGAUGAUCCUCGGGAUGGCUGUGAUCGUGAUUGGAGGUACUUGUGGCAUGAUGAUCGAUCGCUUCCUGAACCUGUGCACAAUGCGGGUCCUAGAUUUUGCAGGACCCGCUAUGGAGUGGCGGGAAUACAAUGUGGUAUCCUUGCAAUGGUGGAGCUAUUGGUAAAUAUGAUUUACCUACAUAUGGAUGUGUAAAAGUGGCUCAAAGUAGAGGU